GUGGAGAAAUCUCUGUAAACAAGAACAAGGGAAUUUCUUAUCAAGAGCUCCUCCUCCCUCGGACAAAAUCCCCUCGCAAAGCGCAGCGUUGCAGAACUGGACUUUCUAAAAUAAGGAGCGGCUUUUUGCAGAACUGCAAGUGUUUGUAGGGCUGGAAGGCAACGAGCCGCCCUUGUUUUCUGGGCUAAUGCAUCUGCAACCCAUUGAUUGGCCGCCGCCCCCCUUUCUCCCAUCUCUCCCCUUUCCCAUCAAUGCCGUUUCCCAAGGGAGGAAAAGGGAGCGGAGGGAGGCGAGGGCGGGGAGGGAGAGCAUGGGAAAGAAUCGACUGGAAUCGCUAUUUGGUUUUGAUCAUCCUAGCUGGGCAAAGAGGAGGCUAAUUGGGUUGGCAUUUGGAGAGUGCGAACGCUCGCCGAGGUGAUCCAGUUAGCUAGCCUCUUAUUCUUGUCGGUGGGAGGUUUUCCCAUUGUCUCGACAAAAAGCGAGUGUGUCUCUUUAAAAUUCCGUGAAUGAACGCUACGACUCGGGGAUGAGUACUGCAGCUCGGCGUGUGUGUUGUGUGUUUGUGCGCAGAGACCAAAGCGCGAGCCAGGGAGAGGGAGAGUUGCGGGAAGCCGCACACAAUCCUGGAGUUUGCUUAGGACUGGACUGUUUGAAGGCCACCAAGAGGCUUGAGGCCUACCUGUGAGUACAACCUGCUCCACCCACAACUGAACAGGACCUCUCCAGCCCCACCACCCUGACUCCUGUGCAAAAGAGCUCUCACGCUUGUUGCCAAAAUGCCUAUUUUGAAGCAGCUGGUGACAAAUUCCGCCAACUCCAAGCGCCGCUCUCGGGCCGACCUGACGGCAGAGAUGAUCAGCGCUCCCCUCGGCGACUUCCGCCACACCAUGCACGUGGGGCGGGCUGGUGAUGCUUUUGGGGACACCUCCUUCCUCAACAGCAAGGCUGGGGAGGCGGAACAGGAGGCCGCCGAGGAGACAAGUUCCUCAUCCAAACCGGGCCUGCUGUCACGCAAGUUCCGCAGCAGCAAGCGGUCUCAGUCGGUCACCCGGGGCGACCGGCGGGAUAUGCUGGGCUCUCUGAGGGACUCUGCCAUUUUUGUGAAGAAUGCUGUCUCCCUCCCUCAGCUUACUGAGAAGGAGACGGACAGGAGCGGUGGGAAGCAACUAGCCAAGAGCCUUUCCUCCAGCCCUGUCAAGAAAGCCCCCGAGGCGAAGACCCCUGAAGAGAAGCACAUGAACGGUGCGGCAGCCGCUCUUAGCUCUGGGCCCCACAGUCCUGGCUUGGAAGAGCGGGCCUUUGGUGACAUAACGGACCUGCCCUUGGUAGUGCCCAAGGGCAGCUACGGCAUGAAGCACGCAGAGUCCAUCAUGUCCUUCCAUAUUGAUCUGGGGCCCUCCAUGUUGGGGGAUGUCUUGAGCAUCAUGGAUAAGGACCCAUGGGAGCAAGAGGAUUCUGGUUAUCAUGGUGCAGAGGACCCCCAGAGGGAGGGAGGCCCUGCGGAGGCACUGACAGGCCACUGGCUUGGCCAAGAAAGCAAACUCCUCCAGGAUUCCUUGGUUCAAUCGGAUGACAUCAGAGCAACAACCUACAGCCCUGGAUCUGCCCGCAGCAUUACCAGUCGCCUGACAGUGGACAGCAGCUCCAUCUCCAGUGGCACCUCUGUGGGAGAGGAACAGCGUACUUUAGUCUCCAGGGGACAGAACCAGGGCGUUCCAGAGCAUACGAGGCAGGACGCUGCUAAACAGCCGGAAAAGGAAUUCUCCUUCAUGGAUGAGGAAGACGACGAGAUAAGAGUAUAAGAAAGGUGACUGGAGCCUUUACACUUGGCUGGGCUCAAGAAGGAAAAUUUUUCAACAGAUUCUGGAAUAAAUUGUGGUGCGGAAAAAGCUGAAUGCUCUUGACCCCUUUCUCAAUCUUCAGUUUUCAACACCAUCAUUCUGUUAAACAGACUGUUGAAGAAAGAUGAUGGUGUUUUCUUUUGCUUAGUUUUCUCUGUUUUGGGGGGGUCUGAGACAGGGAGCAGGUGGGGGGAUUCACAUUUAAAUGGCCUCUUUAAAAUAUUUUGGGUGAUUCCAGAGUCAAAGGAAUAAAAGACAUCACUUGAGCAUAUUUGAAGAAACAUUUCCCAGGAGAGAACUCUGAGUGUAAUGAAACAGGUUAAAUAAAAACAAAAGCACGCCAAGAGCUAUUUACUGACUGUUCAAAGCAAUAUAGAGCUGAAUACUAGAGCAAAGCUCAAAAGAACUAGUUUCCCUAUUAAUAUAUUUUUCCUUCACAUUUUUACUAGUACUUAUUAUUAUUAUUAUUUUCUAAUUGACCAGGAGAAUACCAUUCUUGACCUAGCACAACAUUGAAGGAUGCAAUAUAGUUGUAGAAAGCAAAAAAGAUGGAAGCUUGAAAUAACCAGACCCUCCGAAUCUGACAUGUUUCGGAAGCUAAGCAUAAUCUCCCUGUGGGCAGGCCUCUGGGAAGAUCUACAAACGUUGGAAUUUACGCUUGAGAUUUCGUUCUUGUUUUUUUUUCAGAUCAGAGCUAGAGGAACUCUUUGGGAAUACAGAUUGUGGGGGGUGUGGUGAUGGGAGAAGCACAGCUAUUUUACCUUUUGCCUUUUACGUUGGGUCCUCCUUUUGGUCUUGUUUUGGGCACACAAGUUGAUGCUAGCAAUUCUUGAAGAGCAUGACUUAAACCUUCCCUGCCCCACCUUUGAUGGUGGUUAUGUGAAACACUCCCUGUAGUGGAAUAUUUUUUGGAGAAACUUCGUUUAACUCCCAAGGACUGUUUAGAAUUCCCCAGUGCGAGGUGAAUUUCAAGA